AUGACAGUGAAACCUCCAAUGAUGCUAUGGCUAUGGACACUGACAUUUUUCUUUCUGUCAGUGAAACCUGUCUCAUCCACUGCAGACUCUUACUCUGAUCAUUGUUCUUUAAUUGUCCCCGCAUCAGUCCCAACCUCUGAGCCUCCCACUAACGAGUUUGGUCCAUUUGGUCAAUACCAAACUGGGUUUUACUACCCUGGUGGAAACAGAAUUCUGAAUGCAAAUAUAAGCAGGUACACAAAUUCAUUCUCAUUUUACACCAACCUGGUGACCAAAACUGAUAAAGAUGGCGUGUUCAUGAUGGAAGGAAGCUUGGAGUUCCAAAGUCCAUAUCAUGUGAGAAGCAUCUCAGAUGGAACAAAAAACAAUGCAAGUCUCACUCCUCGCGAGAUAGUGAUUGCUGAUUACAAAAAUCCAUUCAAUUUGAAGCUGCACGGCUUCUGGUCAGAAUCUUCCGGGAAACUUUGUAUGGUUGGAACGGGUUCUGCUUACCUGAAAAAAGGUAAUCUGCUUACUCCUGCAGCUCUUCUUAAGCUUCAUAAUAUCAAGAAUUCAAGUAUCAUCACUACUUUGAUUACUGGAACUUUAGAGAGUUUGAGUCCAAGUAAUGAUAAGAAUUACUUUGAACCAAUUUCCAUAAUGAUGCUUCCACAAUUGAAUUACAAGUUGACUUUUGUGUCUGGAGAUUCCAUGGGUGAUUUUUCUGGUGAAAGUGAUGCUGAAAAGAAUUUUCCAAUAUACAGUCUACUCUGGGGAAGGACAUUUUGUUCAAAAUUCUCAAGUCUUACGAAGGUAUUUAAUUUGCAGUAUACAGGCUGCAGCUCCGGGAAGAACUGCCUCCCUUUUGGUAAGGAAAUUGGGAAUUUACCUGGUUCUGUGUAUUUAGAUAUCAUUUAUUGUACAGAUGUUCAAAAGAGAGUUCAAAUUUUCUUAAAAUUUCAAGAUAAUAGCAAUUUUAGGUUCUACCAGCCUUUCAAUCCCAACACAACAUUGAUUGGAGAAGGAAUGUGGGAUAAUGAGAAGAAUCAGCUGUGUGUUUUUCUUUGCCGAUUUUUGGACAUCGCAGACUCUUGGUCUAAUGCUCAUGUUGGAGAUUGCACAAUAAGGUUAAGCUUGCGGUUCCCUGCUAUAUGGUCAAUUAAAGAGACUAGCAGCAUAAUGGGGAAAAUUUGGACCAACAAAACUGUGAAUGAUUCAGGUUACUUUGAUAAAAUUGUGUUUCGAAGUACCAAGAAUAGUGUGGAGGCCCUUCAUGGUUUGAAAUACGAAUACACUGAACUUGAUAGAAUAAAAAAUUUAUGCCUGGGAAAGAAACUUGUCAGAAACAAGGGACAAAGAUACCCUAAUCCUUCUUCUUCUGAUAUGAAGUUUGACAUGGCAAUUAAAAAUUCAAAAGGAAAAACCGGAUGGGGUUCUGCAGUGGCUCUAACUGUCGGUAAUCAGUUUUAUGAGCAGAGUUCUCUUCAAGUUGCUACUGAUAUCUCACAGCUUUCAUCUAGUAGGCCUACUAGGUGGAAACCUCAGGGCCAAGCCAAUAUUAGCUACAAGAUAGACAUGAGACUGCACCCUCCUCCCAAGUUAACGGAUGAAGUUUAUGUAGCAAGCCUACUUGAGGAGAAAGUAGAGAUUACUGCUGAAGGGAUUUAUGAUGCUGACACGGGGGGCUUAUGUAUGGUAGGUUGCAGAAAGCUUGCAUCAAUCAAUCUAGUGCCAGAAAAUGCUUCUAUGGACUGUGAAAUUCUUCUAAACUUCCAACUUGCUCCAGUAAAACAAUUUGAAAAUGGAGGUUAUAUCAGGGGAAGAAUUGAAAGUACACGGAAAAAGUCUGAUCCUCUUUACUUUGACCAUCUAGAUGUGUAUUCACUUGCUUAUAGUAGGGAGCAAGCAAGACAUUCCAUUUGGACCAUGGAUCUUGAGAUUACCAUGGUUCUAAUAUCUAAAACACUUGCAUGUCUAUCUAUUAGAUGUCAGCUCUAUCAUGUGAAGAGGCAUCCAGAAGUUCUCCCCUUUAUUUCACUUGUUAUGCUUGUGGUUCUUACCUUGGGCCAAAUGAUUCCUCUUGUGCUUAACUAUGAAGCCUUGUUCUGGCAAAAACAUGAUCAAGAAACUGUCUUGUUUCAAACUGGUGGAUGGCUUGAAGUGAAUGAAGUAAUUGUAAGGAUAAUUUCAAUGGUAGCUUUCUUGCUGCAAUUUCGUAUUCUCCAGCUAGCAUUUGCAGAUAGAUCAAUUAAUGAAGGAAACCAGAAGGGCCUGUGGUUUGCUGAGAAGAUGACCUUGCUUGUGACUGUCUCAUUGUAUGCUUCUGGGGCAUUCAUUGUUAUUCUUGUUGGUAGGGGGAACCAUAGACGUGAGGUUGUGUUGCUUCCCACUCGUCCUGUAGACUACUGGCAGCGUUCUACUUGGGAUGACUUGAAAUCUUAUGCCGGUUUAGUCUCAGAUGGUUUUCUUCUGCCUCAGAUACUGCUCAAUAUGUUCUCAAACUCAAGAAAAAAUGUACUUAGCCCCUCAUUCUAUAUUGGCAUCAGUCUUGUUCGAUUGCUGCCUCAUGCAUAUGAUCUUUAUGGUGAUCACAGCUAUGUUCAAUACAAGGGAACAUAUCUUUAUGUGAAUCCUGCGGAGGACUUUUUCUCCACUGCUUGGGAUGUCAUUAUCCCUCUCGGUGUUUUGCUAUUUGCUGCAAUCAUUUACUUGCAGCAGUGGUUUGGUGGUCGUUGCAUUCUCCCCCAGAGAUUUAAAGGGCUGGAAGGCUAUGGAAAUAUCCCUGUGCCCAGUGAAUCAUAA